CUCCAGCAGCAUCAUGGCGGAGCCCGGCGACUCUCCGGUCCACGUCCAGCCCCAGCAAGCAGCCCCGGUGGCGACGGCGACGGCCGCGGCUACGGCAGCCCCGGUUCCGGCGGCGGCGGCGGUGGCGGCGGCUGCCGGGGCGGCCUCGGCGGCCCAGGCCAUCGGCUGGCCCAUCUGCAGGGACGCGUAUGAGCUGCAGGAGGUGAUCGGCAGCGGUGCUACUGCUGUGGUCCAGGCCGCGCUAUGCAAACCCCGUCAAGAGCGAGUAGCAAUAAAACGCAUCAACUUAGAAAAAUGCCAGACGAGCAUGGAUGAGCUACUAAAAGAAAUUCAAGCCAUGAGCCAGUGCAGCCAUCCCAACGUGGUGACCUAUUACACCUCUUUUGUUGUAAAGGAUGAGCUUUGGCUGGUUAUGAAAUUAUUAAGUGGAGGUUCAAUGCUGGAUAUCAUAAAGUAUAUUGUCAAUCGAGGAGAGCACAAGAAUGGAGUCCUGGAAGAAUCAAUAAUAGCUACAAUUCUUAAAGAAGUUUUGGAAGGCUUAGACUAUCUCCAUAGAAAUGGUCAAAUUCACAGGGAUUUGAAGGCUGGUAAUAUUCUUUUGGGAGAAGACGGUUCAGUACAAAUAGCAGAUUUUGGUGUUAGUGCUUUCUUGGCAACGGGAGGUGAUGUUACCCGCAAUAAAGUAAGGAAAACAUUUGUUGGCACCCCUUGUUGGAUGGCACCUGAAGUCAUGGAACAGGUGAGAGGCUAUGACUUCAAGGCCGACAUGUGGAGUUUUGGGAUAACGGCCAUUGAAUUGGCGACGGGAGCUGCACCCUAUCACAAAUAUCCUCCUAUGAAAGUGUUAAUGUUGACAUUGCAAAAUGAUCCUCCCACUUUAGAAACUGGAGUAGAAGACAAAGAAAUGAUGAAAAAAUAUGGCAAGUCCUUUAGAAAAUUACUUUCAUUAUGCCUUCAGAAGGAUCCUUCUAAAAGGCCCACAGCAGCAGAACUUUUAAAAUGCAAAUUCUUCCAGAAAGCUAAGAAUAGAGAAUAUCUGAUUGAAAAGCUGCUCACGAGGACACCAGAUAUAGCACAGAGAGCCAAAAAGGUUAGAAGGGUUCCUGGAUCCAGUGGUCAUCUUCACAAGACCGAAGACGGAGACUGGGAGUGGAGUGAUGACGAAAUGGAUGAAAAGAGUGAAGAAGGAAAAGCAGCAUUUUCUCAGGAAAAGUCACGAAGAGUAAAAGAAGAAAAUCCAGAGAUCACAGUGAAUGCCAGCAGUAUACCUGAGCAGAUACAGUCACUUUCUAUACAGGACUCUCAGGGUCAGCCUAAUAUUAAUGAAGAAUUUACGGAAACUUCUUGUGCCGUGAAUCUUGUUUUAAGAUUAAGGAACUCCAGAAAGGAACUUAAUGACAUACGAUUUGAGUUUACUCCAGGAAGAGACACGGCAGAUGGCGUUUCUCAGGAGCUGUUCUCUGCAGGCCUGGUUGAUGGUCAUGAUGUAGUUAUAGUUGCUGCGAAUUUGCAGAAGAUUGUAGAUGACCCCAAAGCAUUAAAAACAUUGACAUUUAAGUUGGCUUCUGGCUGUGAUGGGGCAGAGAUCCCUGACGAGGUGAAGCUGAUUGGCUUUGCUCAGUUGAGUGUCAGCUGAUGCCUGUGGCUGGAUAUCAUCCUCAGCGCCCCCCAUCCCAUCCUCAUCCUCAGAAAAAUCAGAAGGUUGUGAAGAGACCUGCUUAGAUGAAAAGGGGGAAAAGAAUUGAACACAACAGAACACCACCACCACCACCACCACCCCCACCACCCCACCACCACUCACCGAGUUCUGCGCCAUGCUCCAGCAAUUCACAUCAGAAUCAACAAACCCCACGGCCGCACAACUGCUGCUAGUUUGUCCAAAAGCUAUUCAAUGUUCUGAGCAACCAAUUUGGAUCUCCCCAACUGAAACCAAUCUGGAAAUGCACUCAGGUGGCCCUAUUUAUUGGUAAUAAAAGGAAUUUUCUAUCAGAAACGUAUUUCUUCUUUCAUUGUAAAAUUUCUGUGAUAAUACUUUAAUUGUACAUCUGACAAUACUGCCUCUUUUAUGUUGUACUUAGAAAUUAAUAUACUUAUAAAAAUUAAGAUUUAUUAGCCAAACUUGAAUUCUAGUUUUAAAACUGACUGUGAAUUUUAUUUUUCAUAUAUUUAUGCUUUACACAUCUUACCUAUAAGGAAAACAAUGGUUUGAUUAUGUGCUACUUGCAGUUAAUCUCCUGUUAUUUAAAGAAAAAAAAAAGUUUCAGGUAUAUCUUUGGAGUAUUUGUAACUUCUAGUUUUUGAAAUGACCUAAUUAGGAAUUAGGAAGCGUAUUAUGUUGGUUCGUUUGUCUAUAAACCAAUCCACAAUCUGAUUGUCUCUAGGGAGUGGGAGGUGCCUUGCAGACAUUAAUAUUAAGAAUGUGCCUGAGGCUGCUUUAUUCUAGAAUAGUCUCAGUUCUAGGAGUUUCAUAUGCAUCCUGUCAAAUACAUAUGUUUGGCUUAAGUUUUGCUUUCCUGGGGCUUUAUGAGCUAGAAUACUAUAAUAUGAUGUUGCCAUCAAGCUAGACCGCUCACUAACUCUUCCCAUCUCUGAUUUGGCUUCUUAAGUGAUAGGACUUGUUUUUAUAAAGAUUAAAAACUUGAAAAACAAAAGGAAAAAAACGAAACAAACAAGAAUCCAAGCUUUACUUGAAAUUCUGCAGAAUACCAAGAUGGAGAGAAAAUAAUAAUAGGGCUUUGUGCAAUGACUAAAAGGUAAAUUGCUAUUAAGUUUCAAGGAUGAACGUUUUUGGCCCAAAUAGCCCUCUGCUUAAGUUGUGACAUAUCUAGAUAUAUAUUACGGAACUAGUAAAACUUUAGGAUUUUCAAAAUUGGAGUAUCCUGUCAGGGAGGUAGACUCCUUGAACCAUACCAUGACUUUACUUGCUAACCCUAGAUAUGGCAGCUCUUUAAAAUGUACUUUAAAACAGCAAAUAUAUAUUACUAAGAAAAGUUAUUUAUAAUUGCCUUGUCAUAAUUGUUAAGGUGUUCUAGAGCCAUUUGCAUACAACUUAAUGUAAUUUCAUUCCAUUCUAUUGUUUACACAACGAUUACUCAAAGAUGACUGCAAAGGUAAAAGGAGAAUAAAGGUGUAUUGCACAAAGACAGCGUUUGGGGCUUCAUUCUUUCAUAUGUUUCUCUGCAUUGCUACCCUCAUGUUUCCUAACUUAGAAUUUGUUACCCAAC